AUGAAUAUUAUCUUUACUAUCGUACUAUCGUACUAUCGUACUGCGAAGUAUAGUUUCUGGCGUAAAAUCGAUAUUAUACUUUUUUGCCUAAGUAUACUUACUAUUCAUAUAGACAGGUAUGCGCCAGAGAUCGCCAGCGACACCAUGCCGGCAAGUCGUUGUUUGUGCCAAUCAAGUCGCAACAGCGGAUGCUUGGCGGUGAGAAGGUCAGUCGUAAUUCUAUUCAAAAUGGCUAUGACCCUACCUUUACGAGAGACUCCACGCUCAAUGCUCUUUUGGUCUCAGAAUAAAAGUCCGCUCCAACCGGGCAACUUUGUAUCUAGUGCUCCUGUGCGGCCUGGCAACCACUCACAGAGCUUCACAUUGCCGAAUGCAUCGACUAGAAUAUUUGAACAAUUAAGCUGGGUAUGCUCGAGACAAUUGGAGUCCAAGUAUAUCACUCCCUUGACGACCUUUUUGUUUUUAGUAGUGAGAAUUUUCCCUGUCAGUCAGAAACUUACCUGCCCCAAUAUAGAUGCCAAUCGUAUAUCUGUCGGAUAA